ACCGCGCUAACUGAAAAGCUUUAGGACUCCGAACUCAUUAGGUGUACAUCACUUACCAGUUGAUCUUGGUCAUCUAUCACUGGCCUUUGAGUUGAGAAUCCAUCUGUUGUCAGAUUGUAUAUCUAAAGGUGUCUUGAUUUCCAACGUGAUAGUGGUAUAGAUAUUCGAAAGUUAUCGUGACUGCUGCCUUAAGAAGCGGAUACAAAUACUUUCAUCGAAACAAGUAAUCUUUUACCUAUCCAUAUUUUAGGGGAGUAAUUCCAAGUUUACAUAUAUGCGUCUUGCCCAGAAAAAGACAAACAGCAUGGUCACCAGUUAUUGUUUGAAACAAAGGAUGGUGAAUUCCCACACUCCCCAAGUGAAAUAUUGCACUUGUAUUUUAAAUCUCCGAGUGUUCCACAUUUUUAUGCUGGGAUCAUCAGAUUCAGUCAAUAAGAAUAGUAGGCUAUUGUGGCCUGUUUUAAACAGCAGAAUAAGAGAGCGUGAAAAGGCAUAUUGUUAGUUUACUCAAUAUUUUGACUCUCCCUUUCUCACGUGGUCCUUAGACUAGUUUUAGAUUUCCUGUCUGUGGAUUAACUGUCGAGGUAGGGUUAUCGAUUGGAAUUUCAUCAACUUUCGGAAUGUGUUGGUUUAGGUUACCUCAUGUCUUAUAGUAGAGUCAAUAACAGUACAGUGUUAUCAUAAAUAGGUUGAUUUGCAGUUUACUAGUUUGGGAUUUAAAUUCCAACGGCUAGUCAUCAGGCUACUUGCUGGCGUCUGAUUGGUUAGGUGAAAUCAUUAGUCGCAACAUAAUAUCAAGUUUGUCGGAAUUUAUUUGUACUGCCAAAAAUGAAUAAAUUAAGUGCCUAUAAUUUACCCAAUGAAAGGUAGCCACAGUGUCAUUCUGAUCGUUUUUCCGGUAGGUUACACUCCGACAAACAGAAAUCGCUGUAAACCUUGGUUUUGUGAGUGGAAAUUUCGGAUUACUGUUUUCAGACGACAUCAAUAACGUUUAGGAACUUAAGGUAUCACGAAUUCCAUCAAUAAAAUCUUACAUCGGUUAUAGAAGAAAUAAUGUAGUAAUGUAUUUAGUAUCGAGGGUCUACUCUAUUCUUUGCUGACGGGAGUAUCACUUUUAGCUUCAUUGACAUUUUGUUGGUGGCGACUUCCUUAAAUAAUCGUUAUAUUUGUCCGUUGUGACGGUGAAAUGCAACUAUGCUGGCGGAAAAUCUGCUUAUUUUUCUUUUCCUUGUCAGGAUAUCUCUAUAUUGGCCCUUGGGUUGAGAAACAUUGCUGUUCUUAAACUGAAGUCUUUGUCGUCACAGUCAAAUAGUUUUCAGACCAUUCUGGUUCUCCGUAGUUAUUUUUCCCUAACGAUGAUUAUUACUAUUAUGGGUCCUAAGAUUUAGGUUAGCCAAACUCCCUUUCUACGGCCACAUGAUUCCUCUGUAUGGUCAGAGACAGUUAUAUUCACUUAUUGAGACCAGUCAUUAGGAACUCACCUGUUCCGGAAACAAAUGUGGUCUUACCACUACGGAAGUUUAAGAAUUCACAUAAAUAAUAUAUAGGUAUUUGUCUACUACAUUUCAUAACCUUAUGCGGAUGUCCAACUACUUUGGUCGUAGGGUGUUGCAUGUCAUAAAUGGUUAUACUGGUCAAAACAAGGAAGCAAGAAAGUUGUGUGUGUCUUGAUAUGAUUAUGAGCAAUAAUUUGUUCUCGAAACGUCAUCAGUAAAUAUUACUGUAAAGCACUCUGAUUUAUCAAAAUAAAAUCAUAUCCAUAAUGCAGUCAUACUCCACCACAGUGCCCAAGUUUUAUAUUUAUGGUCGAAACAUUGUUUAAACAAGGCCGUAUGAUAGCUCACAAUCAGAGAUCGUUUAAAGUUAAUACGGCUGGUGGUAUUUCACACAGGUUCUAAAUGGUAAUAUAACAUCUCAAAAACUGAUUGGUAACCAGGAAGAAGUCUUAAGCACAAAGGCGAGAUAAUCUUAAAAGGCAGACUGCAAUGAAAUGCAGUUUCUUGAUCACCUUGUGAGCAACUCGUUCUUAGAAUGAAAAAUGGUAUAUCAUCUCUGUCAUAUGUCAUACCAAAUGAGAAGCCAGCCACUCAUAAUUAACACAGGAACUAAUGCAUUCCCUUAGUGGUGCAAGUUGCUACACAUUUUGUCUGCGCAACGAGGUAGUACAGAAAAGGGACAGAUAGUCGAACUAGUGUAUCUGGAGGUCACAGUGUUAUAAAACAAAAAGUAAAUCAAGUAAAAUUAGCGAAGACUGUACUAAAGAGGAACAAACAUAAGUGCAUUAAUUCCGUUGUGACUGAAUUCCAGCGGCGCUGUCAGUUUCUAAUUUAUUCUUCCGUGGUCACGUGUAUCCAAUUCAUGCCAACUACUCUUUCCUACGUGGCUGAAAGCUACAUUCAGAUAGUGCUAUUUCUUACUCUAACCGUCCACCGCUUGCCCCCCAAAUGACCCUAUUUCUAGUUACGCAACGCAUUGAAGUAGACGAUAAGGAGGCAUAAGUAACACAACUAAGCAACUUCAGGCUACAGCAGUUUAAAAUUUCAUUGUCUGUUUUAACUAAGAAUCUAAACUUAUCGUUUAAAUCACUCGUGUAACGGUCCUGCUGAACACCGAAUAUACUGCAAAAAAAGGAUGGUCGAGUGACGGAAACCUUCGAAACAUCAGGCUAAAGCAAAACUGACAAAUCGUUGCUCCAAACAAGAUUGUAAUGACUAGGUGUUUACUCAAUCAGGUUUUGAAACAGGUAUUCUGAGGCCUCAUAUGACUAGAAGAUAGUAUUUCAUUUUAAUACUUGAGGAUACUUUAUUAAGUCGACAUUUUAGAAUGGCAGCUUCAAUCUCCUUUUUGUAACUCAACUUAAUAUACACAGACUUCUUAUCUACGGUACCCGUUGUAUUGAUAUAUGCGUUCAGAGGAAUGCAUUAAGGAGGUAGUGCGUAUUCUGAAGCUUACACUUUCUUCUCUUGCUUCGCGUGCUACACGGAAUGUGGCGACUUGAACUUCCGCACAUUUGUGCAAAGUUCUAUGUCGAAAACAGACAGACAGACGAGAAAAUGGAUAUCCAGAGAGCUUCCACUUUCGGUGAAUUGUCAUCACACUUCAGAAUUGUAUAUUAAAGUUGUUAGUUACAGACAUUCGACACUAUCGUGGUUAAUAGAAUUAGUGAGUAAUGUUCGGGCAAUCUACGUAAAAGUCAUUGUAGAAGUUUACAGGGAUUAUGUGUAUUUAAGGAUGGGACAAAUAAACUUUUGUCUCAAAAGAAGUAAAUAAUUGUUUGUUUUCAUAAUGAAUUGUCAAACUUAGACUAAAAUUUGCAGUGAUAACUGAGAAAGUUAUCCUAUGUGACUAGUACAGAAACGUUUCUGGGAGGAAAUGUGAAGGGAUUGGAGAAUUUCUCUCAGCACGUAAAUUAAGCUUACAAAUAUUGAUGGCAGCUGAUUCACCUGUAAUUAGCAGUGGGAGGCUCCCGUAUCUAGAAAAUUGAGGCAAUAUCUUGUAUUUCGUAGAAAAAGCUGAAUUCUUGUCUAUCUGCUGCUUUGUGGAUACUAGAUGUACCAGCAUAAAAUUCCUGAUAAACUUUGUCCUAACCAAAUUGGCCAAUGCUAAAAAGCGGUUGAGCUAUUGAGUCGUUCUUUCCAUGUUACUGUCUUCACGAAAUCAGUUGAGUAUUAAAAUAACCAGGUUCGAUAGUUUAUCCUUCAUUCAAACUAUAAUUACACAAAAUAUAGUUUCUUAUGCACCGUUGAAAAAGACUGAUUUUCCAAGUUUCGAAUGCAAUAAUUUGGCAACCACAUCUCUUUUUUAGAGUAAGUAAUUUCAAAAAGAGAGGUUUCUGUCUGAGCUUAUUCCUUCGUAAUUUGUUUGAUGCAUAGCACAUACAAUUCUAUCUCACUAGAUGAUGCUGACAAUAAGUUGUUGCAGAAAACUGCGAACAAUGCCAUAAGUGUAUCUGACCUACUUUUUGGUGCAAUCAGAUACUACUAAAUUAGUGUACAUUAACACAUAGAAAGCGAACAAAACAAAUAAACAGUUAACUAUUUCACUUUCUGCAUCAUAUUCAUGAACUCUGUUAACUGAUUACCAAGCGAACUGUACUAGGGAUAAAAGUACCCAUUUCGCUGUUUAUUUGUACACUUUAUCUGUGGUAACAAAAAAGUGCAAUAUCUCCCUGUAGGACGAAUGUACCGCACAAAAGUUUGUGGCGUCACAAUUUACGGAUGUAGUAUCUAUGUGAAAGGUGGCAGUCAUCAUUUCUAGUAUUGGUCGAUUUUAGAAAUGUUGACCUUGGGUGUAAGGUGUUAAACAGAGAGAGCAAGUUAUUCAAUAUUUUUUAAGUCUUCAUUAACUGAAGUGGUCGAGACAUUUAUUAUGCAUAUCGGUCCAUUUUGUAUACUGGUAAAUCAUACAGGGUGAACAGCAACUGGUUUCGAUGAAAGUUUAGAGUAUUAAGUGCCAGAAGAAGUUAGUCAACAGGAAUCCGUGCGUCGACCUCCCUUCUUGUUAACAUUGAUCACUAAGGCGUAAGUGUAACAUAUUCCCUUUAUGACGUGAAACCGCUUUAUUGAAUUAAUACGUGUCACCUGUCCAUAAUGUUGCCGAAUUUCAGAUUAAGUCGUAUAUAUAUUUUCAGAUCGUCCUGUUGGAUGUCUGUAAUGCUAACAAGCAACUUCUGGAGAUUGCUUGCAACAUAAGUGCAAAUCGACUACAAUAGCGUAGGUGUUUUAAACUGUGAUCACUGGGAUUUUAAGCUCCCUGUUCGCUUUUCACUUCGUGUUCUUCCACUUAUGCUUUUUUCGACUUUUGUCAACUUCCUGUGUACUUCUGUAAAUUUCAGCACGUAUAAGAAGUAUUUUUAUGCAAAGUUCUAUUUUGUUUACGUAUCUUUUUUUGCUAACAAUCGUAUGUCAUUUUAUCAGGCGAUUUUAUCCUUCGAGUUUGAAUACGAGGUGAUAUCAGUUAAAAAAACCACUAAGAACUAGGGAGUAUUGAACAGUUGUUUCGUCUUAGUUUGCGACUGUUCAUCAGUGGUAUGAGACGGCUGUCCUGUACUUUCUGGUUUUCAGUAUUUCUCCAACUGAUGUCAGCCCGUGAUCGAACUUGAAACCGUGUAAACCAACACUUAAAGAUUUCAUCCGUAUAGGAUAGAAUAUGAUUCUAUGUAUGUAUCUUUUGAUUUUUAUUACCUAUAGUAUGUUGAUCAAAGUGAAAACACUAACCGGUAAAGAAAUCGAAAUCGAUAUUGAGCAAACAGACAAAGUUGAACGAAUCAAAGAAAGAAUUGAGGAGAAAGAAGGCAUUCCACCACAGCAACAACGACUAAUUUUCUCUGGUAAACAAAUGAACGAUGAAAAACUUGUUCAAGAGUAUAAAAUUCAAGGUGGUUCAGUAAUCCACUUAGUGCUGUCACUACGUGGAGGCGUAUACUAAACUCACUUGUGUGUAUCGAUUAUUCCCUUGAAAUAGGAAGAAAAUACUUUAGUGUUUUUAUUUGUAUAGUAAUGUGGAUGAAGAAUGAUUAUUGAAGUCUUUUUAUUUUAUCUUUUAUUCCAUUCAUGAAUCUUCAUUUUUGGCGAUUUCUUUUUUCGUCUGCAGUUGUUUCACCCCUUCUUCUGCUUGUUCACAUUUGUAAUCUUCACUCUUCAUUUGUGUAUAUUUAUAAGAUCUUUCCAGAUGUCUUAUGCUCAUUAUUAUUGUCCUUGAAACUGACCGUUUGAAAAACAGCUCCAAAGUCGUCAGUAUUUUUAUCCUUCUUUUGUUUGUUUGCGUGCAUGUAUGUGCAGUGGUUCUUAAUUAAUCAAAUAGGAGAAGAAAUGAUAUGAUUU